AGACCCCAGUGAUGCCACCGAUCUCAUGAUUGUGAAUGGAAGUCCUAUCAAAAUGAAUAUUAAUGUUUCUAAUCAUGGCCUACAAACUGGUUAAUGGGCUUUCAAUUCACAAACAGAUUGAGGGAAUCUAGAAGAUAAUAGUUUUUUAACUUGUUAUUGUUUCUUUCUACCCAUCAUCAAUCAUCGUCCAAUCAUCUGAAGCCAGCUGAAUACAGAAGGCUGACAUGUAACCUGGUGCUUUUCUCUGGUCACCACAGAAGUGCAGAGCUCAGUUCAUUGUUGCCAAAAAUGUCAGCAGGAGCACUCCUCCUCCUCCUCUUCCAGCUGGGAUGCACCACCCCGCAGAGUGUCCCGCCGGGCAGCAGGGUGGAUGGGACGCAACGCGGUGUGGCUCAGAGGCUCAGACUGGGACUGAGUGAUGUCGUCCCAUCUCUAGCUGUUACUCCACACAGGAAAGCGCCUCAGUUCAUGUUGGAUCUGUUUAAUGUGGUGUCACUAAGGGAGGGGACACAGAAAAGCCUGAAGGACCUCCUGGACGGAAACAUAGUCCGUAGCUUUGAAGAUAAAGGUCCUGUUGGAGAGAAGAUUCACCUUUUCAACCUGUCUUCUUUGGGCCGAGGGGAGAAAAUCGUUAAAGCGGAAUUACGCUGGUUCAGACACAAGCACAGGACUUUGCGUGACCAACACUUCCAUCAGGUGGAUCUAUACGAGGUUCUGGACAGCAGAGUGAAACCACUGAGAGGAAACUUCAUCACCUCCAGACUGGUGCCACUUCACACUCCAGGAUGGGAAGUCUUCAAUGUUACACAGAUGGUGUCCCGAUGGAUCUAUAACAGCCAGGAGAACCAUGGCAUCCUGCUGGUGUCAACCUUCCCACCUGAUGGCUCAAUGGAGUCAGAGUUCUCCUCUAACCAGCCUGGAGACCUGAUGGACACCAACACCUACCUGGUAAUAAUCUCAGAUGAUGGGAGGACAGAAGCUAACCAGUCCCACCUGGGACUCACCCCACCUGCAGCAUCACCUGAGCCCCAGCACCUCCUGAGCAGGAGACGACGUGCAUCCUCAGAUUUCUCAAACCACAGCCUCCCACGGUCCUGUCAGCGAGUUCCCCUCUUUGUGGAUUUUGAGAAGAUUGGCUGGUCGGGUUGGAUCAUCUCUCCCAGUGGGUACAAUGCCUACCAAUGCAAAGGCUCCUGUCCAUUCCCAAUGGGGGCGGGCCUCAGAGCCACCAACCACGCUACGGUGCGCUCCAUCAUGCAUGCCCUCAGGCUCUCAGGGGACCAAGCGGGAGCGCCCUGUUGUGUGCCUGACAGGCUGCAAUCCAUCAGCUUAUUGUACUUUGACGAUGAGGAGAAUGUGGUCUUGAAGCAGUUUGAUGACAUGGUGGCGUUAAGCUGUGGCUGUCAUUGAUUGACUUUGGGAGGCUCAAGCACUGUUAAAGACUGGAGGAAGGGAGCUGAUGAAAACACUUAUUUAUGUUGAAAUAUUGUUUUAUUUUGAGAAAUAAAUAUACAAAAAUAUUCUGUAGUAAUCACAAAUGCUUGGUCCAGUAAAGUCCAUUGAUACUUACCACGAAAACACAAAUUACAGCAUUUUCACCCGUCGGACAAGGGACUAAAUGGACUUAUGGUGCCAUCCAUUUCUCUGUCACUAGAUGGUGAUGUUGUAAAAAAAAAUAAUACAUUUCUUCUUUAAAGUAAUAGUCAGCAGUUUCCUGCCCCUCUGACCUACUGAUUGAAAGUGGAAUUACAACUGUUGUAAGCACCCCUUUAGCAAACUGCAGUAG